GAGAGGUGGGAGGAAACCAGAGAACCAAGAGGAAACUCAUAUAUAUUUAAAAAAAUAAAUCAUGUAUCAACCAACUUAAAGGCAUGCUUUACACCACUAUACAGUAAUACAGUGUUGGGUCAUAGCAUGGAUGGAAUGAGGCACGACAGUUCCUCGCACUGGAAUUAAACUGAUUCAGAAAGUCGUUCACAAAGAACCGACUCUUUCGCGAAUCGAGCAAUAUUAGUGCAGUAUUAGCCUGGUGACCAACAUUAAUCCUGAUUAAUCCGCAUUUAUAUGCUAAACCGACGCGUGACUUUCGUUUGCAGUCACGAGCUGGUCUCUAAACGACAGCAACCAAACCGGAGAGUCUUUUAAACCAAGCCUUUAAUUCACACGUCGUGAUCGCGUGCACGGUGCCAGCGCGCCAAUCAAAAGUAACAAUAAUAGCAUAAAAAUUCAGUCGCGGUGUAAACGAUUAUGCACUGGGAAACGACUGGUCACUUUCAAUGCUUUUUCAUCUGGGACGGCAUCGCAGGGAUGUUCUGGUUGUAUGCCUGAGUGAGCAGAGUGCAUGUGUGUGUGUAUAUGUGUGCGCGCGCCCGCGCCCCCCCCACACACACACCCUCUCUCCUCGUGCUUGUGGGUGAAUAUCAGCUCCUCUAGCGUUCACCACGGCGUCUAAUCACCGAGCUCAGACUCUGAGGCAACACUGUGGCACCCAAGCCAUCAUGGAGUAGUUCCUCAUUUUUCUUGGAUGGAUUGUGCAUCCUGCUUGGAGUGUAAGGAGACAGCAAUAGCGCGACCAUCAUCAACGUUACCGUGUUGGGAAAAUGGCCUCGGACAACUUGCAGCGCAGUUACUCCAUCAUACCAUGCUUCAUAUUUGUGGAGCUGGUCAUCAUGGCAGGCACGGUGAUGUUGGCUUACUACUUUGAGUGCACCGAUAUAUUUGGCAUCCACAUCCAGGGCUUCUUCUGCAAUGACACCGAACUCAUGAAGCCCUACCCUGGAGGCGAGGAGAACAGCUUCAUCCCUCCGCUCAUCCUCUACUGUGUGGUGGCUGCAGCUCCCACCGCCGUCAUCUUCAUUGGUGAGAUCUCCAUGUACAUGAUGAAAUCCACAAGAGAGGCUCUCAUUGCACAGGAGAAGAUGAUUGUUACUGGAGAAUGCUGCUACCUGAAUCCACUCAUUCGCAGGAUCAUCAGGUUUAUCGGCGUGUUCGCGUUUGGCCUGUUUGCGACAGACAUCUUUGUGAACGCUGGGCAGGUGGUGACGGGCAGCCUGGCACCGUAUUUCCUCACCGUCUGUCAGCCCAAUUACACAGGCACAGAGUGCCGCCUCAACCACCAGUUCAUCUCCAAUGGCAACAUCUGCACAGGGAACCGGGUGGUGGUGGAGCGAGCCAGGAGAUCCUUCCCGUCCAAAGACGCCUCACUUAGCGUCUACUCGGCCGUCUAUGUCACUAUGUACAUCACGAGCACGAUCAGGACGAAGAGCAGUCGUCUGGCAAAGCCUGUGCUGUGUUUAGGGACGCUGUGUGCUGCGUUCCUCACCGGACUGAAGCGGGUGUCCGAAUACCGCAAUCACUGCUCGGAUGUGGUUGCUGGCUUCAUCCUGGGAGCCUCCAUCGCUCUGUUUUUGGGACUGUGUGUGGUAAAUAACUUUAAAGGUGUUCACUCGACUCCUACCAAACGGAAGACGGAGGAAUAUCGUGGCCUCCCGCUCAUGACGUUCCCCCGUGUGGAGAGCCCACUGGAGACCCUCAGUGCACAGGUAGAACCUUCACCGCCAUCAUCACCAUCUUCAUACGAAUAGAGGUGUAAUUGACGUUUGUAACAAUACAAACAUUUGUCUUAGCUAUUGCUGCAUGGGUGAACCUUGCGUUGAUUCCUCCACAUUCAUCUUCUAUGCAUGAUUCAUGAUGGAUACGCCGGCUCAGAAUGAAGCAGGGAGCGUGGCGGAGGCAUUUUUUGACAUGCUCAUUACGAGGUUAUAUUUCACAUGUCACGUUAUGAAGGAUUCAUAUGCAAUAAAUGGCUCUAGGUUACAAGAUUCAUCUGGCUAAAUUCAUGCCAGAGUGAAAGUAAAUCGAUAUUUGGCUCUAUGUCAAAAUAUAUUAUGUAAAAUGUAUUUUAUUUCACGUGACACUUAUUCUACCUGUUAAACAGCACUCCAGGCUGCUAUUUGUUAUGGUCUAGUUUAGGUUUCUUUUUUUUUUUUUUUGCAGGAAGUGUUAUGGGUCAGUGCUGUAUUUUUUCCUGAGCUGACAGUGCUGCUAUCAAUCCCUGUCAGACUCGGUUAAUAUAUUGCUGUAUACACACUUAAGAAGACAAAGAGCGACAUUUAAUUUGAACAUUAUGUAAUUCACUUGUGUUUUUACUCAAGUAGAUUUCGUUUGUUCACUGUUAUGGGAUUUUAUAGGAUUCUUGGCACGAAGCUACCCUUAACUCCUGGGAUAGCACAUCCAUCGUCCAUCCAUCAAUCCAUUCAUCAAAUUCCCAUUCCACUUAUCCUACAUAGGGUCACAGGGAGCCUGGAGCCCACCUCAGGGAACUCUGGACACAAGGCGGGGGGCACCCUGGAAGGGGUGUCGUCCCAUCACAGCACACAAUCGUAUAUGCAUUCACUGACGAUUUGGAAAUGCCAAUCAGCCUACAACACAUGUGUUUGGACUGGGAGAGGAAACUGGAGUACCCGGAGGAAACCCCUAAAGUACGAGCGAAACAUGCAAACUAUGGGCACACAGGGCAGAGGCUGGAUUAGAACCCCCAACCCCAGGAGGUGCGAGGCAAACGUGCUAACCACUACGUCACCAUGUCCACCACGUCUAUCAUAAAAACAUUAAUAUUACAAUGGGCGUAUUAUGAGUAGGGUAUUGCAAAAUGCACAACAAAUAAUGUUGUGCUGCUUAAGUCUCAGCAUCUGCUGUAGGUGGGAUGAGUGAUGUCAAUAUAUAAUAUUUGUAUUGUGAUAAAUAUGUAAGAAAUUAGACAUUUCGGGACAUGCCACAAUACUGUAAAGUGCUUGAUUCUGAUUUGUUAGAUGGUGUUGAUUAAUUUUCUAUAACAGCAGCUCAGAAAGUAGCUAUGGCUGUAAAACUGUAGCUAUUGUUUUUUUUUUUUUUUUAAUAGUGGUUUACUCAGCGAUUUGUAUGGUGGAUUCUUCAUUAAAUUAACAGAAAACUUCACCAUUUCAACAACUACAGAUGUUUUUAAUGCGUUUAUGUGGCGUGUCAGCCAUACAAAUCUGUGAAGAUGUUACUACUAUGGAAACAAUAAUAUAUUAGAAUGAGGACAUUAACAUCAACCUUACAGCCAGAGCUACUGUCCGAGGUGUUGUUAUAGAAAAUUAGUCAAUACCUUCUGACCAAUCAGAAUCAAGAGUUCAGUGGCGUUGGGGUUUAAAUCACAAUAUAUGAUAUUAGUCAUGUUGCUGUAAAGCACAGCUACCCCAGUGUGUAUCUGCUAAAUUGCUAAACUACAGCAGUUUACAACACUGAUGGGGCCAUUUUUAUGAUCUACAACCAGGAAAUAUAAUCCUUCUUCUCUGAAUUGAUGCGGUAGAGGAAAUCCAAGCAGAUAGCUGUGCUGAGAGUGAGCGAGCAAAACAGCCACGCUGUUCUGACACAAAGUGAGAUUUCUUCGCACUUUUGUCAAAUGCUGAAGGACACAAGCUCAUCAUCCUUGCGCACUUUGGGACCAGCCGUUACGGGAAAUGCCCAGUGAAAUGAAAUUGGACAUGUGCGGUAAGCACUGUGUGGGACGGUCCACCAUGCUGUCAGUGGCUCUUAUCAGGACAAGCAAGAUGGAUGAAAUGUGUGAUUCAAGAAGAAAUGGGGAUGCAGACGACGACAUAUCACUUUCUCUUCUCAUUACAUAUUCCUUUUCUUCUGAUUGAUGUUUUAUCAAGGAUAGAAGGAGAAUGUAAGAGACAUUUAGUCGAAUGUUCUACACCAAAUGAAACUUUGUCCUUGAUGUGACUCACUCUAUCAUUUUUCUUUUCCUUUUUUCUUUCAGAACCAUUCAGCGUCCAUGACUGAAGUGACUUGACUACGGGGCCGACACAGAGUCACCUUCACUUCACCUCAACACUUCUAGGCACAAGAUGUUUUGUACUGUCGCAUACUGUAAAAAAAAAAAAAAAAUACUAAUAAUAAUAAAAAAAUCAAAGAAAAUAGUAUUAUGUUGGACCAAGUUAGAGGCAAAUGUUUUGUACAUUUUGUAAAACACAGUGCUGUAGCUUAUCCUUAUGUCCUAUGUUAUUUCUGACUCAACAUCAGGAGUACACCUUCCUCGUCAUGUUCUACAUCACAAAGUCAAAUCGAGUCUAUAUAUGAUGUUACUCAACUAUCAAUGUUAUGUGGUAUUUGUACAAAGAAUUAUUUUAUGCUUAUUUUUUUUCCAUGUCGAUUUUUUGACAAAGAUCAUCUUUUUUGUAUUAUUUUUAUCUGUAUAAAGCAUUUUUGAUCAACAUUGCCUGCUGUUUCUCCAGGAAUGUUUUUGGUAUUCUUAUUUUUUUGAUGUAAUAUAAAGAUACACGAUGAGUUGUGAAAAAGCAGUUUUUUUUCCCCCCCCAGUGGCAUCUUUAAAAUGUCAUUACCACUGCAUGAAAGUACACAGACAUUUGAUGACAUGUUUCAUUCUUGUGUAUUGCUUUCCUUUUAAGGUUUCCUUUGAAAUGCCAAAUAUAUUUUUUGAUUUGUCUGUCAAAUAAAUAGUCUGUAGUUGAAAUCUUGGACUACUUGAUUUUUGAAGAACACAGUAGAUAUCGGUGCAUAAAUUGGUGUGAUAUUAGUGUUGGACCUCUUGGAUUUAAUUUUUAUUGCCUUUCGUUAGGUAAAUGUUUGCCCUCAAUAUGACAAAAUUGUCCGAGUUACAAAUUGCAAUAACAACUCUAAUCUGAUGGAUCUGAUAGGGAAAAAAAAACCCAAAAUAUACUGCGUCACAAGAUUUUGUACUUGAGUAUACUGUAUAACAUUCCUCUUUCCUGAGAUGAGAGCAUGGUUUUCUUUCACAAGAAGAGAUGAGUAAUUCUACUGAAGGAUAUUUGAAUAAGUUACAGUAAUGAUUAGGGCUGUACAGUGCUGUGGAAAAAGUAUUUGCUUGAUUUCUUCUGUUUUUGUGUGUAUCUCCUACUAAUUUGUUUAAGAAAUUAAAAUCUAAGAUAAAACAAAGGCAACCUGAGUAAACACAAAAUACAGUUUUUAGAUGAUAAUGUAAUUUAUUGAAGCGAAACGUUAUCCAAUACCAACUGGGCCUGUGUGAAAAUGUAUUUGCCCCCAUAGUUACUAAUUCCCACAUCUAUGAAACUGCAUUCAUAAUGGGGUUCAGCUGGACUAGCUACAACCUGAUUACUGCAAACCCUGUUCAAUCAAAUCAACACUUAAAUAGAACUUUUUCAACAGCAUGAAGUUGUGUGAAAGGUCUUACCCAGUAACACACUAUGCCACAAUUGAAAGAAAUUCAAGAAAUGAUGAGGAAGAAGGUGAUUGAAAUACAUCAGUCUGGGAAGGGUUAUAAAGCUGUUUCAAAGGCUCUGGGACUCCAAAGAACCACAGUGAGAGCCAUUAUCUCCAAAUGGAAAAACUCGUCACAGUAGUGAAACUUCCCAGAAGUGGCCGACCUUCCAAAAUUCCUCCAAGAGAACAGCGACGAUUCAUCCAGGAAGUCACAAAACAGCCAAGGACAACAUCAAAGGACCUACAGGCCUCUCUUGCAUCAAUAAAGGUCACUGUUCAUGACUCCACUAUUAGAAAGACACUGGGCAAAAAUGGCAUCCAUGGAAGAGUGGCAAGGCGAAAACCACUGCUAACCCAGAAGAACAUUAAGGCUCGUCUGAAUUUUGAGAAAACACACCUUAAUGAUCCUCAGUCAUUUUGGAAGAAUGUUCUGUGGACUGAUGAGUCGAUGGUGGAACUGUUUGGAAGACGUUACAUCUGACGGCAAACUUUUUUUUUCAGGUGGCUGAGUUCCUUAAUUCUAGUAAUUCUCCGACUGUGAGGUAACAAACGAUCUAAUUUCGGGUAGAAAGUAGAUACAGACAGCUACAUCGAGUAUGGACCUGCCGCAAGUACACCUGCUUUCAGCCAAGACUGGCUCACAUAGGAAAAACCGUCUGUCAGCUAGAAAUGGUGUGAACAGUUGGCAGGGCUCUGUCCAAUUAUCUUUUUGCAGAUGCCAGCAUUGAGCUGACAGUGGUGCAUUUCUACCGUAAUCGGCCCAAAUGUGCUUGCUAACUGGGCUGGAGCUGUGAGGCAAGUGUGCUAAACACUUAGACUUAUACACCAUUUAUAAUAGACAGCUAUUAAAAAUUUAUUCAUAUUUUAAAACUGACAGACUAGCAAGGUGAUUUGCCCGCGACACUCAUACUUCAAAUACACCUUCUCUACGUCAUCAUCAUCAUUUGUGUAACAGUAGGCCCAAAACGAAGUUGCUCACAUACUGAUCGGAGGCUAAUUGUAUUGUAUCAUAUCAUAUCAUACAUUAGAAGAUUCAGUGGUAUUGUGAAACAUCAGUUGGUUGCCUUAAGAAUCUAAAUGGUAUCGUAUCGUAUGGAAGCCUGUAAUCAGUGUGGACUAAUAAUCAGCAUGGCCUGUAAGUGUAUUAACACUCAGUGUCAGUUGUGUAAACAAGCUAGCUGUUGUUGCUUUACCAAACACUUGCACAGUUAAUAAAUGCAAAGGUACCCAUUAACAAAUUUUAGGUUUGCUUUUAGAAACAGCUGCCACCACUGUGUGACUAAUUGCUUACUGCUAACUG